UUAAUUGAAGUGGUGAUGGAUUUAGGGAGGAAGUCAUUCGGCGAUUGGGUGAUCUCAGAACAGCCUGUUACACACCAAGAUCUGAAGCUUGCAGUAUCAAAGGUUGGCGAUUUUUCAGAUGAUAACCGAUCAGGGAUUGACAGAUCGCUGCAUCGUAUAAGCGCUAUACGUAAUCGGAAACUGCAAGUAAUUGGUCUAACAUGUCGAGUGGGUAGAGCUGUAUCUGGAAGUGCAGAAAUUAUAAGAGACUUGAUUGAAGGAGGAGGAUCCAUCUUAGUCAUUGGAUCUCCUGGAGUUGGCAAAACAACUUUAAUCAGAGAAAUUGCUCGGAUGUUAGCUGAUGAACACAGGAAACGUGUAGUGAUUGUUGACACGUCAAAUGAGAUUGGAGGUGAUGGUGAUGUUCCUCAUUCUGGAAUUGGACGUGCCAGGCGGAUGCAAGUUCCAAAUGUGAAUUUACAGCACGAUGUUAUGAUUGAGGCGGUUGAGAAUCAUAUGCCUGAGACUAUCAUCAUCGACGAGAUUGGAACUGAGCUUGAAGCUUUAGCUGCUAGCACAAUUGCUCAACAAGGUGUUCAGCUUGUUGCAACUGCUCAUGGGAUGACUAUAGACAACAUUAUCAAAAAUCCUUCUUUGCAGAUUCUUAUUGGUGGAAUUGAGAGUGUGACUCUUGGUGAUGAAGAAGCAAGGAAAAGAAAAGUGCAGAAGACAAUUCUUGAAAGAAAAGGACCUCCGACAUUUACUUGUGCUGUAGAGAUGAUUUCGAGAACUGAGUGUCGUGUUCAUCAAAGAUUAGAUGUCACCGUUGAUGCUAUACUAGCUGGGAAAUCCGCUCCAUUUGAAAUCCGUCAAAUUCGUGGCGAAGACGAUGUUCCUCAUAAGUUAGUGACUCCCAUUCCUUUGGAGACCCUUGAAGAGGAACAACCUGCACCAUUGCUCAAUAGAGAUUUCAUAAGUGAAUUUCUGUCUGACGAUGAAGAUGAAGAUGAAGAUUUUCUUCCCAUUCGGUAUAGUAAGGCCAGUAGUAACACAUACACGAGCCCAAGAAGCUCGCCGGUUCAUGUUUAUACUUACAAUGUCCUUGAAGCUGAUCUCCUUCAAGUAGCUGAAGUUAUGGGCCUAGACGACGAAAUAGAAGUAACAGAUGAUGUUGGAGAAGCAAAUGUCAUUCUAGCUUCAAGUUCUGAAUUGAUACAGAACUCAUCGAUCCGUCGUGUUGCGAAAUUACACAAGCUACCGAUAUUUGUCAUUAAGUCAACUACAAUGGCUCAGAUGGUCAAGGCAGUCCGAAUGAUCCUUGGGAGAGAAUCAUUUGGCUCAAACCCUAAAACCAUAGAGAAAUCUUCUGUUGAUGAUAUUGAGAUCAAAGAUGAUGCUCCUGAGAGCAAACCCAGUUUAGAAGAACUGGAUGCCCUCGAGGAAGUCCGUCUAGCAAUCGAAUAUAUUGUAAUCCCGGGAGGUGAACCAGUGGAGCUUCUUCCUAGACGGUCAGAUAUAAUAGUUCGGCAGCUAGAGCUGGUGGAGAGUUACCAACUCACAGUUGAGAACCUCGGCACUCACCUUAAUCCGCGCCUUCAGAUUCUUCCUCGCCGAUCAACCAAGAAGAUGUUGCCAUCUUCAUCCUCAAAGAAUGCAACAGAUGAUAGCAUGGGGAAUACUGUUACUCGUCUUCCUUUCCUUAAGGAUUGACAUCUCUGACUUCAGCAUAUGGACUAAACUACAUACGUUGGAGACUCUUGGACAUUGUACAUUUUACUGUAAGUCUUCGUAAAUAAACUGUUGUUUAUGUUGUUGUCAUUACCAAUUGCAAUUUACUGUUUUACAAAUGAAAUGCUAUGUCUUCUUUA